UACUUGAAAAACGCGAUACUCAAACUGGCAGUGCGAUGCGCAACUACUCAAUGUAGCACAAGCCUUAACUUCGUCUGCUUUGCCAUGCCGCACGUGUAUGUGUGCAGCGUGGGUGUGAUACGUGAAUAGAGUGUUAUACACGCACGUGCUCGCAUAGUUCGUUAUUCGUAGCCGGUGUCUCACAUACACUUGUGAAUUAAAAAUUGAUUUGUUUUAUUUGUUAAAUAUAACUAAAAUUCAUUAAAAAUGAAGGAUUAUAAACCGCCAGGUGUUUUGAAUUGUUACUGGAGUGAUUUAAAAAAACAUCCAUCUUGUAUUCAUGGACCAGCAUUACUUUUUGGUAGAGAAAUUGAUGGAGGAGUGAAAAAAUUUUAUGCUUGCUCAGCUUGUAGAGACAGAAAAAUUUGUUCUUUUUACCAGCCGUUAGAUGAGGAUCUAUCAAAAAAACCAAAACACAUGUCAAAAAAUAAAAUAGUAGAAAAACCUGUUACUUACUAUCAUCAAAAACUUUUUGUUAUAUACAAUCAAUUAAUUGCUGAUAAGCCAAGCAACAGAGCUUAUUGUCACGAUUGUAAUCAGUUGUAUUCUCCGUCAACUACAAGAAAACAUGCUGAUCAUGACGUGGUAGAAAAUCUUACAGAUUAUCAAAUGACCCAUCCAACUGAAAUUUUGAAGCCUUUGGAAAAUGCCAAAAAAGAAGCUCAGUACUUAUUUUCUAAAAAAUCUGUUAAUGACAUCAUGAAUAUGUUAACUGAUUUGAAUGCUGAAAAUGUGUUAUGCAUUGGCACACCUCGGAUACACGAGCAUAUAACAGAAAAUUGUAGUGAUAAAAUGUCCAGUCUCUUGUUGGAUUUCGAUGGAAGAUUCCACAACUUUUUUGGUCCAUUGAGCUACUGUUGGUACAACUUGUUUAACCAUCAUUUCUUUCAAGAAAAUUCAGAAACAGUAUUAGAACAAUUUCUUACACAAAAUAAAGGUAAAAAUACUUUUAUUGUCUGUGAUCCACCAUUUGGCGGAAGGCUUGAACCAAUGUCACAAACUAUGAAAACUAUUAGAGAUUUGCAUAAAAAAUUAAAUAAUAUUGUCAAUGAAGAAGAUGAAAUAAAAGUCUUUUUUAUACUGCCAUAUUAUAUGGAAGGCAUUAUGAAACAAAAAUCAAAUCCUCAAGACGUUGAAGGAGGUUUGAGUGACUUAAAAAUGUCAGAUUACAAAGUAGAGUACGAUAAUCAUCCUUUGUUUGUUGCAAAAGAUGAAGAAAAGAAAAAACAAGGAUCUCAAGUUAGAAUCUUUACAAAUAUUCCUCAAAACUUGCUGAAAUUGCCUGAAUCUGAUGGAUAUAAAUAUUGUAAGAAAUGUAAAAGAUGGGUUGCAGCAGAAAAUAAGCAUUGUAGAACUUGUCAAGCUUGUACCUCAAAAGAUGGAAGGACAUACAGACAUUGUAACCCUUGCAAACGCUGUGUGAAGCCUUCUUGGGUGCAUUGUAAAAAAUGCAAUCGCUGUGCACUUUCAAAUCAUAAAUGUACAAACAAACCAAAAGUUGGAUGUUGCUAUAAGUGUAAUGAAUUUGGUCACACUGAAAAAGAAUGUGAAUCAGUUCAUGAACAAAAGAGAUUAAAAGAGAUUAAAGAAAAGGAAUUAGAAGAAAAAAGACAAAAACGUCUUCUUAAAAGGAAAGCAAGAGAGAAUGGUGAAAGACCUGCCAAGAAACAGAAAAAAGUCGAGGACAGUGAAGAAAAUGUCAGAGAAGACGAGGUAGAAGCUGAGAGCGAUGAAAAUUGUGAUUCUAUUCAGGAACAACAGAAAUCAAAAAAACCAAAACAAGAAAAAGUUGAGAAUGGUAAAAAAUCAUUCAAAAACAUUAACAAAGCUGUGAGCGAUGAUAAUUCUGAAUCUAUUCCAAAACAAGAUAAAGUUGAGAACGGUGGAAAACUGGUUAAAAAACUGAACAAAGCUGUGAGCAAUAAAAAAUCUGAAUUUAUUCCAAAACAAGAUAAAGUUGAGAAAGGUGAAAAACUGGUAAAAAAACUGAACAAAGCUGAGAGCAGUAAGAAAUCUGAAACAAUUCAGGAACAAAAGACACUAAAAAAACUGAAGCAAAAAAAAGCAGGGAAAAUUGAAAAACCUGCCAAGAAA